AUGUCUGCCGACCCUAAGUCUGCCGAAACCCAAGCUUCGGGUGAGGGUCCUGCACCCGUUGAUGCCCUUGCUCACGAUGGCGGUGCCCCCGAUAUUAAUACAGCGGCCGGAAUUGCCGCCGUCCCUACCGCCCUGGAGGAGGUCAAGCCUGCUACCGAGAAAGCAAACAACGGGGAUGAGGCCUUGGCGGAGAAGCAGCUGACUGAUGCUCUGAGGUGGCGUAAGGAGGUUAAUCCUUCCAAGCUUCUUGAUGAUAAGGCAUAUGACCGUGCCCGGUUUGGUGAUCUUGGCUUUGUCACGGUGCACAGGGCUGAAGAUGCGGAGGAGCGCGUCAUCACUUGGAACAUUUACGGUAGUGUCAAGGACAACAAGGCGACGUUUGGAAACGUCAAGGAGUUUGUUGAAUGGCGAGCGGCACUCAUGGAAUUCGGUGUUCGAAAACUAAAAUUGAACGAUGCUAAAACUCCGAUCCCGGAGGGAGCCGAGGACCCCUACCAGAUGAUUCAGGUCCAUGACUACAUGGGUGUCUCAUUCUUCCGCAUGGAUCCGCAUGUCAAGGCCUCAAGCAAAGAAACCAUCCAGACACUUUCGAUGGCUUACCCAGAGCUCCUUUCCCACAAGUAUUUUGUCAACGUUCCCGCCAUCAUGGGCUGGGUGUUCGGUGCUAUGAAGCUGUUCCUAUCGCCGGCUACGCUCCGCAAGUUUCAUCCCAUGAGUUCCGGCGCCUCGCUGGCGAACGAAAUCAAACCCUUUGCCGCGACACUUCCCAAGGAAUAUGGCGGCUCCGGCCCGAGCGUUAAGGAGGGCCUUACCGUGAAGUUGAGAGACCCAGCUCCCCCCACUGAGGAGACCCCGGAGGCCGUGUCUGAGAUACCAGCGGCCGCUUCCGCCGAGCCUGAGGCCGCGCAGGUCAAUCAAGCUCUCGAGGAAGACUCGAAAGCGGAUGUUCAGGUUGCGGAGGCGCAAAAGGUGGAAAACGUUACCCAGGAGGCUGUUGGGCCUGAGAUUGCGGAGGAGUUGGGAAAAACAGCCCAGGGCGAAGCUCAACUCAAUACCAAGUAA